AUGCAGACUCCACCAAGCUCUCCAUCUCCCAAGUUAAAGGGUGGCACCAACAUCCCUAGUCUUGGGAAUGCCACCAUCAGUCUGGUGAACGGCAGGAACCGCUGCGAGGGUCGCGUUGAGAUUUCACACUCUGCGGGCAGGGGCACUGUCUGUGACGACGGCUGGGACCUGAAUGAUGCCCAGGUGGUGUGCAGGCAGCUGGGAUGUGGCUCUGCUCUUUCUGCAACAUCAAAUGCCUUCUUUGGACAAGGCAGUGGCAACAUCUACCUGGACGAUGUGAGAUGUACAGGGUCGGAGUCGUCCCUCUUCCAGUGCGGCCACAAUGGCUGGGGUGUCCACAACUGUGGCCACAGUGAAGAUGCUGGUGUUGUGUGCUCAGAGGGGAGAAAUGCCACCAUCAGCCUGGUGAACGGCAGGAACCGCUGCGAGGGUCGUGUUGAGAUUUCACACUCUGCGGGCAGGGGCACCGUCUGUGAUGAUGACUGGGACCUGAAUGAUGCCCAGGUGGUGUGCAGGCAGCUGGGAUGUGGCUCUGCUCUUUCUGCAACAUCAAAUGCCUUCUUUGGACAAGGCAGUGGCAACAUCUACCUGGACGAUGUGAGAUGUACAGGGUCGGAGUCGUCCCUCUUCCAGUGCGGCCACAAUGGCUGGGGUGUCCACAACUGUGGCCACAGUGAAGAUGCUGGUGUUGUGUGCUCAGACACAUUUUCAUCAACAACGUGUAGUUCCUCCACCAUCAGCCUGGUGAACGGCAGGAACCGCUGCGAGGGUCGCGUUGAGAUUUCACACUCUGGGGACAGGGGUACCGUCUGUGACGACGGCUGGGACCUGAAUGAUGCCCAGGUGGUGUGCAGGCAGCUGGGAUGUGGCUCUGCUCUUUCUGCAACAUCAAAUGCCUUCUUUGGACAAGGCAGUGGCAACAUCUACCUGGACGAUGUGAGAUGUACAGGGUCGGAGUCGUCCCUCUUCCAGUGCGGCCACAAUGGCUGGGGUGUCCACAACUGUGGCCACAGUGAAGAUGCUGGUGUUGUGUGCUCAGGUACCACUGAAGAUGCCACCAUCAGCCUGGUGAACGGCAGGAACCGCUGCGAGGGUCGCGUUGAGAUUUCAGACUCUGCGGGCAGGGGCACCGUCUGUGACGACGGCUGGGACCUGAAUGAUGCCCAGGUGGUGUGCAGGCAGCUGGGAUGUGGCUCUGCUCUUUCUGCAACAUCAAAUGCCUUCUUUGGACAAGGCAGUGGCAACAUCUACCUGGACGAUGUGAGAUGUACAGGGUCGGAGUCGUCCCUCUUCCAGUGCGGCCACAAUGGCUGGGGUGUCCACAACUGUGGCCACCAUGAAGAUGCUGGUGUUGUGUGCUCAGCUGCCACAGACACAGCCGCAACCACUCCUAUCACCGCCAUCUCCACUCCUUCAGCCCUUCUGUGCUUGUCAACCCACAUGCAUGCAGUGGUAGACAGACACUAUCUCCAGUCCCACGGCUACUCAGGCAACAACAAAACGAUCACCUACUCCAAUGUGAUAAAAGUGCCUGCUCCUGGUACUGUCAUCAAGACGCAAAAGGACCUCCAUUUGCACAUCAGCUGCAAGAUGCUGGAGAACACCUGGGUUCAAGUCAUGUACAUUGCUGAUGAUAUCACUGAUGUCAACAAAACCCAGUAUGGCAGAUAUGAAGUGAACCUGAUGUUCUACAACUCCUCAUCUUUCCAGUGGCCAGUGCAUGACUACCCGUACUAUGUUGACAUGAAUCAGAAUUUGUUCCUCCAAGCUUCUCUUCACAGCUCUGACCGAAAUCUGACGUUGUUUGUGGACACAUGUGUGGCGUCGCCUAAUUCUAGUGAUUUUAGAACACUGGUCUAUGAACUGAGCAAAAAUGGGUGUGCCAACAAUUCUACCUACUCCCUUUACCCCUCGCCACGCAGCGACGUCGCUCGGUUUGGGUUUAACGCGUUCUCCUUCGUGAACCGAUUCCCGUCGGUUUUCCUGCGGUGUGAGCUGGCGGUGUGCAGGUACCGCGACUACGCCUCCCGCUGCUAUCAAGGCUGUGUCAGUAGGUUCAAGAGGAACGCAGACUCUUCCCAUGAAAAAGUGAAUGUUGUUAUUGGACCCGUGAAGCUUCGGGAAGCUCAUGCCGAGAACAGGAACACUGCUCCAUAUGUCCAGCUGGUGAACGGAAGGCACCGAUGCGAAGGUCGCGUUGAGAUCUAUUACAGAGGACGGUCGGGGACAGUUUGUGACGACUUCUGGGACCUCGCAGACGCCCAGGUUGUGUGCAGGCAGCUGGGAUGUGGCAAGGCCAUUGCAGCUCUAGGGAGUGCCUACUUCGGGCAAGGCUCGGGUGACAUCGUGCUGGACAACGUGGGGUGCAGAGGAAAUGAGGUGUCCUUGUUGCGCUGCAAUCACACGGGAUGGAGGAUCCACAACUGCGCCCACUAUGAAGAUGCUUCUGUUGUCUGUUCAGAAGAGUCUGAUCCAACACCAACAGAGCCAACAUCAGCAGCUACAACAGCCUCAACACUGGAGACAACCUCCAUCGUGCGGCUGUCGGGCGGCAGGAACGGCUGCGAGGGCCGCGUGGAGCUGUACGACGGCAGCACGUGGGGGACGGUGUGUGACGACCAGUGGGACCUGCAGGAUGCCCAGGUGGUGUGCCGGCAGCUGGGCUGUGGACAGCCCGUGGCUGCGCUGGACACCGCACAUUUUGGCCCGGGCUCCGGCCGCAUCUUCCUGGACGACGUGCAGUGCCGCGGGGACGAGCCCUCCCUCCGGAUGUGCCGGCACAAUGGCUGGGGCGUGCACAACUGCAGGCACGUGGAGGAUGCCAGUGUCAUCUGUGCAGCUGCUGAUCCAACUCCUCCUGCUCAAUGGCCGUACACAACAGGGCCCAGCGUGCGGCUGUCGGGCGGCAGGAACGGCUGCGAGGGCCGCGUGGAGCUGUACGACGGCAGCGCGUGGGGGACGGUGUGUGACGACCAGUGGGACCUGCGGGAUGCCCAGGUGGUGUGCCGGCAGCUGGGCUGUGGACAGCCCGUGGAUGCCCCACAAAAUGCUCGCUUUGGCCCGGGCUCCGGCCGCAUCUUCCUGGACGACGUGCAGUGCCGCGGGGACGAGCCCUCCCUCCAGAUGUGCCGGCACAACGGCUGGGGCGAGCACAACUGUGGGCACGUGGAGGAUGCCAGUGUCAUCUGUGCAGCCGCCAAUCCAACCACUCCUACUCAAUGGCCGCUCACAACAGGGCCCAGCGUGCGGCUGUCGGGCGGCAGGAACGGCUGCGAGGGCCGCGUGGAGCUGUACGACGGCAGCACGUGGGGGACGGUGUGUGACGACCAGUGGGACCUGCGGGAUGCCCAGGUGGUGUGCCGGCAGCUGGGCUGUGGACAGCCCGUGGACGCUCCACGAAAUGCUCGCUUUGGCCCAGGCUCCGGCCGCAUCUUCCUGGACGACGUGCAGUGCCGCGGGGACGAGCCCUCCCUCCAGAUGUGCCGGCACAACGGCUGGGGCGUGCACAACUGUGGGCAUGAGGAGGAUGCCAGUGUCAUCUGUGCAGGGCCCAGCGUGCGGCUGUCGGGCGGCAGGAACGGCUGCGAGGGCCGCGUGGAGCUGUACGACGGCAGCGCGUGGGGGACGGUGUGUGACGACCAGUGGGACCUGCGGGAUGCCCAGGUGGUGUGCCGGCAGCUGGGCUGUGGACAGCCCGUGGCUGCGCUGGUUGCCCCACGAAAUGCUCGCUUUGGCCCGGGCUCCGGCCGCAUCUUCCUGGACGACGUGCAGUGCCGCGGGGACGAGCCCUCCCUCCAGAUGUGCCGGCACAACGGCUGGGGCGUGCACAACUGCAGGCACGUGGAGGAUGCCAGUGUCAUCUGUGCAGUGCCAGAGCCAACACCUCCUGCUCAGGGUCCACUCAUAAGUGGGCCCAGCGUGCGGCUGUCGGGCGGCAGGAACGGCUGCGAGGGCCGCGUGGAGCUGUACGACGGCAGCGCGUGGGGGACGGUGUGUGAUGACCAGUGGGACCUGCGGGAUGCCCAGGUGGUGUGCCGGCAGCUGGGCUGUGGACAGCCCGUGGCUGCGCUGGUUGCCCCACGAAAUGCUCGCUUUGGCCCGGGCUCCGGCCGCAUCUUCCUGGACGACGUGCAGUGCCGCGGGGAUGAGCCCUCCCUCCAGAUGUGCCGGCACAACGGCUGGGGCGUGCACAACUGCUGGCACGUGGAGGAUGCCAGCGUCAUCUGUGCAGGUGGGUGGCCAGCAGAGACCACCAGAAGGGUUUUGGCUUCCUCCGUCAUCCAGCCAACCACUCCUGCUCAAUGGCCGCUCACAACAGGGCCCAGCAUGCGGCUGUCGGGCGGCAGGAACGGCUGCGAGGGCCGCGUGGAGCUGUACGACGGCAGCACGUGGGGGACGGUGUGUGAUGACCAGUGGGACCUGCGGGAUGCCCAGGUGGUGUGCCGGCAGCUGGGCUGUGGACAGCCCGUGGCUGCACUGGUUGCCCCACGAAAUGCUCGCUUUGGCCCGGGCUCCGGCCGCAUCUUCCUGGACGACGUGCAGUGCCGCGGGGACGAGCCCUCCCUCCGGAUGUGCCGGCACAACGGCUGGGGCGUGCACAACUGCUGGCACGUGGAGGAUGCCAGCGUCAUCUGUGCAGUGACCACCACAACGACAACGGCUACCACAGCAAAGAGCAGCACACCAGCACCUUAUUUUUGUGGUGGCUCCGUCUCAGAUUCCUCCGGGAUGCUGCAGAGCCCCAACUAUCCUGGAAGUUAUCCAAAUGACGCUGACUGUGUGUGGGAAAUACAAGUAGAGAACAAUUUCCGUGUAACACUCACAUUUAGAGAUAUUGCGAUGCAAAGCGGGACGUGCCAGCAUGACUACAUUGAAGUCUAUGAUGGACCUCUUCACUCUUCCCCUCUUCUUGGGAGAUUCUGUUCUGGUUCCUUUCCCACAUAUGUGUCCUCUUCAAACAUGCUGAGUGUUCGCUUCCACAGUGAUUCCAGAUACUCCUUCAGAGGGUUUCAGGCUCAUUACUCCUCCAUUCCAGCAGGUCACAACACCACCAUUCAGUGCUUGCCAGACUACAUGCACGUAGUGGUCAGCAGACGCUACCUCCAGUCUCAGGGCUACUCAACAGAGAGGGUCACCCUGCAGGACAGUCGCUGCAGACCGACAGUCACGUCGCAGGAGGUUGUAUUCAACAUUCCCUACAACGGCUGCGGGACAAUACAAGAGGAGAACAACGAUACCAUCAACUACUCCAACACGAUCAGGCUUGUGUCCUCCGGGUACAUAAUCAAGAGGAAGAAGAACAUCAACUUGCACGUCAGCUGCAAAAUGCUGAGGAAGAGCUGGCAGCAGGUGAUGUACGCUGCUGAGGACACUGUGGACGUGAACGAGUACCAGUUUGGAAGAUACGACAUGAACAUCACCUUCUACGAUUCCCCAGCCUUCCUGCGGCAAGUGCGCAGCUCUCCCUACUACAUCGACCUCAACCAAAACCUGUACCUCCAAGCUUGUCUUCGCAGCUCCGACCCAAACCUGAAGGUGGUUGUGGACACAUGUGUGGCGUCACCUGACCCUCAUGAUUUUAACACGCUGGCCUAUUACUUAGUCAGGAAUGGGUGUCCUAGAGAUUAUUCCUAUGCCACGUACUACUCCCCUUCCAGCCACUUUGCUCGAUUCAAAUUUAAUGCCUUUGAGUUCAUGAGCCGGCACCCGUCAGUGUACCUCAAGUGCCAGAUGCUGGUCUGCAGGCUCGGGGACUACUCAUCCCACUGCUACAGGGGCUGCAGCUCCAGGGCCAAGAGAGACACCAGUUCUGCUGAGGAAGUAGUGGAUGUGGUGGUCGGACCCCUUCAGCUCCGAGAAGGGGAUGCUCCAAGUGGGACCACCGAGAAAGCCGAAAAGAUUCCUGUCACAUUUCCUCUAGAAUGA